AGGAUGUCUGAUGAAGUGACCUAUGCAACACUGAUGCUUCAGGACUCUGCAAGAGUGAGAGGGAAUCAGGAUGGAAAUAACCUGAGUAAAGAAGUACAGGGGCAGAUGUUCCAGGAGUUAAUUGGAGCUGGAGCCUCAUAAGGAGAUCUCUGGCAUCUUCAUUUGAGUCACAUCCUUCAGCACAAAGUAGACCUUCAAGACACCUAGCUCAAUCCCCACUUUGGCGAGGAGCUGCUUUGAGCUUGAUGACCAUCUGCUUGGUGCUGGUAACAGGACUGGUGACCCUGGCAACUAUGUUUUUGCAGGUAUCUAAUGACAUUAACUCUGAUUCAGAGAAGUUGAGUCAACUUCAGAAAAUCAUCCAUCCACAACAGGACAAUCUGUCUGAACCACUAAACAGCUCCAGAAAGAGUCUCGCAGAGGAAUCUCUCCAAUCCCAGAUCUCUGCCCUCCUGGAGAGGCAGGAGCAGAUGGCUGCCAAACUCUGCAAGGAAUUCCUCAUCCACACAUCUGACCAUAAAUGCAAUCCUUGUCCCAAGACAUGGCACUGGCAUGGAAACAGCUGCUACUAUUUCUCAAUUAAUGAAGAGAAAUCCUGGCAUGAUAGCAGAAAGGACUGUAUGGACAAGAAUGCCACUCUGGUGAAGAUUGACAGCAUCGAAGAAAGGGAUUUCCUUCAGUCACAGCUGUCUCUCAUGUUUUCAUUCUUUUGGCUGGGAUUGUCCUGGAACUCAUCUGGCAGAAACUGGCUAUGGGAGGAUGGUUCAUUUCCCCCUCCAACCCUGUUUAGUGAUAAGGAGCUUGCCAGUUUCAAUGGAUCCAGAGAGUGUGCUUAUUUUGAAAGAGGGAAUAUUUACAUAUCUCGCUGUAGUGCUGAAAUUUCCUGGAUUUGUGAGAAGAGAGCCUCCCUGGUGAAGAUUGAAGAUUUGGAUUAAUCUGACUCUCCCAAGUUUAUCCAGAAGUAAAGGCCUAUUGCACACCCAUGCAACAGAGGAGGAAGCUACAAUGUAUGAGCCAAAAACCAACUAAAAAUCAACUGUGUACUUAAACUAUCCCACAGACAAACCUGCUUCACAGGACAUUUUCCUCCUCACUGUCUGCUUCCCUCCGACCUGGUGCUCUCAUUACUUAGCUCUUAAACGAUGUCGAGUACCCAGGAAGGUACAUGUCUUCCUGGUCUGUCUGUCAAUAAACAUGCUUUAUCCUUACACGUC